AUGCUCGCCCUCAACGGCAGCCCUGAAAAGCCCGCGAACCCUCCGAAGACGGUGAUUGACCUCACCAGCGACGAGCUUCCUGUCAGUAUUGACUUGACGACGGUUGACGAUUCUCCUCCACCGAGCCCACGACAAACUGCCGUUAACAGCGAGCCGCCCCGCAAGCGGCAGCGCGUUUCUAAUGGCUCUUUCCUUUCAAGCAAAUCGCGCGACCUCGCGGCCUGUCUGAAGGCACAGGUCAAGCCCUACAUCGACGCUGCCCUGGCGGAGAUCCCAGUGGACAAGGCCAACGCUUACGAGAUUGGUACAAGAGUCAUAAACGAUAUCGGCAGCACACCUCAGUUCUCACUCGAGUUCACCCACAAAGGUGGCUUCCUUUCGCUAGCCCUCGAGAGGGAUCUGGCGGACAAGGCACGCGACCUAGUAGCUCACUACUAUGGGCAUCUCCAACCUGUCUUUGGAGGGCCGGCGGGCACUCAGGCAUCGCCCUCUCUAAGAGCACCCUCGGUCUCUGCCACAGCCCACGCAAUCCCGAACACUUCGCCUUCAAAACGCACGCCAGUAACUUCUUCGCGUACACUUUCGAUUCCACGGAAAUCCUCGACACACCCUGCGAGUGCAUCCCAGACCAAGCCGCGGCCCUGCGCUCAGGACUUACCGGGCCCUCCUGUCUCGCCCACGAACUACCGAACAAAAGCGCGAGCGAAGUCGUUCAAGUCAUGGAAGACUCGCACAUCCCAAUCGGCGCGGGCCACGGCGAGGCGCAGGGCCAAAAUCGCAUGGAUGAAUAUGCCAAGGCGGCCAUAUAUCACUACCGAAGAGCGAAAUAGGAUCUUUCGCGGCACACGCAAGCUUAUCCGCACGAGUGCGACGGCGGUAGCGCAUGGCCCACUCCCUUUCCAUGUUGACUUCACGCCUGAUGAGAUGGAGGCGUUGUGGAGAAGGAUCCGAGAAGGUUCCGGCAAAAAGGCCAGGACCAAGAGGCGCAGCGACACAGUCAGAGAACUGGGUAGACUGCUUCGCAAGAAGCCAGAGCUGCUCACCGUCAUACCGCCGGAGCUUGAGCUGCGGGGAGCCUUAGCACAACGAGACCGAGUGGCGAUUAGGAAUCUGCUGGACGAGUUACUUGACAGGCAAAAGAGACCAGCCAGGCAGCCAAAAGUGUUGACACUUGAGCUGGAUGAGUCUGAUAAGCAGGGCGAAGCGCAGCGCACGAGCCAGAUACCCUCGCUUCUGUUCGCUCGUGAAAUUGAUGGCCACCGAGGUUUUGGAAGAAUGCGACGGCAGGUCAACUUCUCGAACGAGUUAAGGAAGGCUCAUGAGGAUCAUCUGGAGUUGCGGGCUGAAUGGGUGGGCUGCGCCGGUGACAUUAUGACCAUCGUCUGGACCUCGGAUACUAACUUCAUCUGCGGCGCCACAGCCCAUUCCGAUUCGCACAACCAACAGUACAACAAGGCAGGCAACCUGCUGUUAUGCUCUACUACAAGGGGUCAGCUGAAGGCCUAUCCUGAUCACAGGAUUCCGCGCCCGGUUGUUGAGAAGGGAGAGAACUCGACAGAGGCGAUGAGGGAGAGCCAGAGUCCUUGGCUGUACUCUUCGGUCGUAUCUUCUGACUAUGACCAAAUCAACGAUCGUGCCUACACAUCCAGUUUCGAUAAGACAGUCAAGGUCUGGAGAGUCGACAAAACGGGAGGGAACAUGACUGUGCUGGGCACCUGGGCUCACCUGGGCAACGUCAACUUUGUAGCCGUUUCCAAGCACGAGUGCGGUAUGGUGGCCACCGCUGCGGAUGUUGCCUCCCAUGCCGUGCGUGUUUACAAUGUUGACAGCAACAGCAUCUCUACAAGCCCAUACCAGACCUAUUCCGGCUCCAGAGCCUGGAAUGAAGGCGAUGAACAGACGACGGGAACACAAAAAUGGGCUUAUUUUCCGGCAACAAUGCAAUGGGGCUUGGCGCCGGAAGUGCAACAUUUGCUUCUUGUCGGCUAUUCCCCACGAAGCUUGACCGGAGAUGAUAACGACAUACCCGAUGGCAAGAGGAACACUGGAGAAAUCUGUCUCUGGAAUUGCCUGACGGGCGAUAAAAUAAAGGUUUUGACGGCAUCCACACAGAACGUUUUCGAGGUUGUUUGGCACCCUACAUUGCCCAGCUUCCUUGUGGCAACCUCGCCAGCUGGAUUGAUGGUGGAUGACCACACGAUGACGCAGGUUCGAGUGUUCCGACCUAGCCAGACGCCUGAGGGAGAUACAGCAUUUGGCGAGAUCCAAUGCCUGGACUGUCCGGCCCGGGACAUCAACGAGCUUACCAUCAAGCCCAACAGCGUUAUCUGCUCCUACGUGACGGCUGCUUGCACCGAUGGCAAAGUCUACGUGUGGGAUACCGCCCGCGGUGAUAAACCGAUCCAUGUCCUUCGGCAUAAGAAGCCCAUCGACGAGUUUUCUGGUGACCGUGAAGAGGCAGACGUUGGUGUCAAGUUCACCGCAUGGGGGACUACGCCGGACCGCUUCUACACUGGCGGAUCAGAUGGUGUGGUCAAGGUCUGGAAUGUGCGGAACCUGCGGCAGCCUCUUGUUCGAGAUCUCCUAGAGGCUCCUGGUGCUAUAUCAUGCGGUGCCUUCUCGCCCUGCUUCUCGAGACUGGCUAUUGGGGAUGCUACUGGAAGGGUAAUGCUCCUAUCACUGGACGAGAAGGACGAGCCACCUGCGAAGUACAUCAUGCCACCAAUUCCACCUGGUGUAAGACCACGAGGCGCCCACCCAGUCCGUCGCCCGAUGCCUAUCAUUGAGCACGAAGAGCCUCCAGCCCCCAAUUCAGGCGCAGAGCCUCAUACGGGGGUUGAAAGAGGAAGAAUGUUAUUAGCAAGGGGCCAGCUGCUUCGGCACCGAGACCCUACUAUUGGCGUAAUCCAGGGGCCACAAUAUCUCGAUCUCGGCCUCUACCGCUCCGAGCUUCACUUUGAGGGUAACCCGUCACAGCCCCUUUUAGCCAAGGUUGAGUGGGAGCAACAAGAGAACCAAAAGAUGUUCCGCCGCAAAUCGCUCAAGGUCACUCGCUAUCGACCUUUACGGGACAUGCCCUCUGUUGCCUGUCAGGUCCAGCACGCGGAGAAUAUGGCAAAAGAUAUAGAUCUCCAGGAAUUGGAUGAGAUGACGAAGCAAUACCUGGUCGUUGACGACCCCAUCCACGACCAGGGAUGGGAAUUCGAUCUUGAAGAGGAGAUUGAUUAUGAGAAAAGCGCCUGGGCAGCGCUUUAA